AGAGGGCCCCCCUACGUAGGCGUGUCGCUGGCGAGGUUCGUCUCAAACAGUCUUAAGGAGCUUUCGCCUACUAUUACGCACAAUUGAGCGUCGCUCCCGCUCCUUAUUAUCCUGUCGCAUCGUACGUACUGCGUCAGGUACCAGCCGAUUGCAUCGAUCCUCUUGCACUGACUACAGUCCACUGCGUUCGCCAGGUGGAGCCUUCGGAAGUGCACGUCGCGUGCCACAACCUAGAGCCCCGACGAUGUUGUCGGCCGGCAAGUCGAAGAGUAACACUGGUAGCAAACGAACAAGUCCAUCAGGGCGAAGUGGAAGCCGCGGAAGUCCGCCUAGUGAGGCCAAGAUCGACAGCGCGAGUAAUCGGACAGGAGCUCGGGGUGGAAGCAGCAGCAAUGGCAGACCGGCUGGCAGCGACAAAAAGCCCUCUCCGAGCGAGGUCUCUCACAAGCCAAGCUCUGCCAAAGCGUCGCCUGGCACCGACAUUGCUGCGGAUCGCAAAGCAAGCGCCAGCGCUCCCGCUUCUCCAUCCAGACACAAAAAGAAGUCUUCCAGCGCCAAACAAUCAAAAAGCAGAACGAAGCGACGGGCAUCUGCCGCGAACAGCACGGGAUUAAAGGAAACCGAGGCGGAAGACGGCGGCAAACACCCGGCAUGCUCGACCUCCCCUGCUGACGUCGCAACCGCAGAGCAUAGAGAGCACAAGAGUUCUCCUGGCGGUCAACAAAGCCACAAGGUCAAGCUUAAGAUGCCCGAUGGAACGUACUUAGGCGUCGGUAAACGCAACCGAUACAUCAGAGCCAUGCAAAAGAAGAACCUCCAGUGCCACUACACUCCCUUCAUCUUCGUCUGCGGUGUUGGUAUCUUCAUGCUGACGUUUCUGUACAUCCAUCUAUAUCACCCAGUCAGGCAUCUUCUUGGCGAUCCCGAGCAAAUGGAACUGGCCCAAAAGGAGAGAACGAAUGCUACGACUACGACUGAAAUUACAACGAUACCUCUGUUCAACGCUUCAGAUAGCGCGUCUUCUGGCCCAUCCUCGCCCCCAGCGAAGGAGACAACUGGCGGGCGAUGAGCGGCGCCGCAGCAGCGUGCGCUUCGUGUAGAAGUAUCCUUUAUUUGUGUAAAUCGACUGUUAUU